CCACAGCAGCCCAGAUGUUUCUGUUACGCGUUGGACCUCGUUACUGGAUUACUUGAGGGCUUUGAUUCAUCAGUUUUUUGUGUCUGGUCGAUCUCUCUUGUGUGUUAUGCUGUGCGCUCACAGGUGUGUCUUUGCUGUGCUGGUCCGAUAUGUUGUUGGCACGACUUGGACAACAGUGAAUACGACUGCUGGCCUCUUGACAGACCCAACGAAUACAACAUGAUCGAUUGUGGAGGUCUUGAGAUGGCCUGGGUGGUCCGUCCUCCGGAGACAGUGAAGAGUGGUGAGGUGUUCAGUGUCACCUACUCGGUAACAGCGCAGAACUCAUUCUACCAGUGGGCUAUCGAUAAUCACAUCUUCACACACAGUUCCAUAGUGGAUGCUGACGCAGCUCGGACGUUCUGCGAACAUCACGACUGUCCUGCCAACUGGAAAGACGCUGAUGGAGAAAACUGCUGCAUUCAUCACGCCAACAUCCACUCCUGUCCACUGGGAUACAUGAUCACAGAGAGCAUCUGUGGCCCAUGGAUUCCUGAUGAUGGAAAAAUCUUCACUCACACCAUCUCUACGUCCGGCAAGAUGACCCAGACCAACUGGACUGCCAAGGUGGUUCUGGUCCAUGCUGGUUUAACCUCGCUUAUCGCUCACAUACGAGUCGGUCGCAUGCAGGUCGCUCUGGAGGCCAAGAGCACUGUGCUGCCUGCUGUAGUUUGUGGUGAUGGCGUCUGUGAGGAGGCGGAGCUUUGCUCCACCUGUCCAGCUGACUGUGGUGAAUGCCCCAUGUCCCCUACCACCAAGCUGGCCAUCGGCCUGCCGCUCAGCCUGCUCUGCCUCUGCUUCAUACUGACUGCUGUGGUGAGGAUUCACAUGACACAACAAACAUAUGGUAACAGAAAACUGCCAAACACUCGGUAUCAAUCAAUAAAUAUCAAUCAAAGAAUCUGUCUCGUGCAGUGGCUCAGGUACCAGAAACAGAAACUGUUGUGGGACGAGAGCUGGAUCAUCGACUUCUCUACAAUAAAACAAGAUCAGGAAGCUCGUAUGACCAUGGGCAGUAUAAUGAGUGUACCAGUGGGGAACAGUGACAGUAACACCAGCUGUUUAACUGCUCUCAGCUCCUGUACAGGACAACCAGGGACCCGAAAAACACUGUUCACCUGCACCGGAAUAUAUGACGGCAGGACAGUAGCCAUCAAGAGGAUUCAAACAAAGACUUUCUCUCUGUCCAAAACCAUCAGACAGGAAGUCAAACAAGUCAGGGAACUCGAUCAUCCCAACCUCUGUAAGUUUAUUGGUGGGUGUGUUGAGGUUCCAAAUGUUGCCAUAGUGACCGAGUACUGCCCAAAAGGAAGCCUUAACGAUGUUCUCCUUAACGAGGAGAUUCCACUUAACUGGGGCUUCAGGUUUUCCUUCGCCAUGGAUAUCGCCAGAGGGAUGUCUUAUCUCCACCAACACAGGAUCUGUCAUGGUCGACUCAAGUCUCUAAACUGUGUCUUAGACGACCGCUGGGUUUGUAAAAUAACAGAUUACGGACUGAGGAUGUAUCGCAGGGAUGAUGGGGCGGAGCCUCUUUCCACCUAUCAGCAGAGACUUUUGGAGGUGUACAUGCCACCCGAGUUUCAUAACUCUAACAUGGAGCCGACGCUGGCUGGAGACGUGUUUAGUUAUUCCAUCAUUUUGCUGGAGAUAGCCACUCGCAGCGACCCCGUCCCUGCAGAGGAGUCUAAUCUGGAGUGUGCCUGGUGUCCUCCUCUACCUGAGCUGAUCUCCAGUAAAGCUGACAACACCUGCCCGUGUCCUGCCGAUUACGUAGAGCUGAUACGUCGAUGUCGCUCUCAUAACCCUGCCCAUCGCCCCACCUUUGAACAAAUCAAAAAGUUUGUUCACCGAAUCAACCCCAUCAAAGUCAGCCCAGUGGACAUGAUGAUGAACCUGAUGGAGAAGUACAGUAAACAUCUGGAGGUGUUGGUGGCCGAGCGAACUCAAGAUCUGAUGCAUGAGAAACAGAAAACGGACCGACUGCUGUACAGUAUGCUUCCUAAGCAGGUAGCUGAUGACCUACGACAGGGAAAACCAAUGCAGGCUCAGAGUUACGUCAGUGCCACCGUCUUCUUCAGUGAUAUCGUGGGCUUCACCCAGCUGUCCAGCAGCAGCACUCCAUACCAGGUCGUAGAUUUCCUCAACAAACUCUACACAACAUUUGACGACAUCAUCGACAACUAUGACGUCUACAAGGUGGAAACCAUUGGAGACGCCUACAUGGUGGUGUCAGGAGUGCCCCAGGAGAACGGGAUCCUCCAUGCCGCAGAGAUCGCCAGCAUGGCUCUGGACCUGGUGGGCGUCUGUCGCACCUUCAGGAUCCCUCACAAACCCAACACACAGCUGCAGAUACGAGCUGGGAUUCACUCUGGUCCGGUGGUUGCAGGGGUUGUUGGGACAAAGAUGCCUCGUUACUGUCUGUUUGGAGAUACGGUCAACACAGCCUCUAGGAUGGAGUCCACCAGCCUGGCCCUGAAGAUCCAGUGCAGCUCCAGUGCCUUUUACCUGCUGGAGGAAAUCGGCGGCUAUGUGCUGGAGUGCAGAGGGAUGCUCCAGGUCAAGGGGAAAGGUGACAUGGUAACGUACUGGUUAGAGGGGAAGAAGGCGUCUCUGGUCUCCAAGGAUGUCAGCCCGGACGCCAAGACAACCAAACACGUCACCAUGGAGACUGAGAAAGAGACGGAGAAAGAGCAGGAGCUGUACGCGUCCAUGCCGGGGUUUCUGAACGACGACCUGCUCCUGGAUCCCGCCUGAUCCCCAAACUCUGAGUUUGUCAUCAGUGUUCGUUUACA